AUGCAACGUCAUACCGAUAUGGUGUCCCUCACUCCUUUCAUUCUUUCAUCAUCAUUCUCAUGUUCGAGAUCAGGUUCUAAAACGCGCUCAAGAAUCGAAUCGAAAUUACCAUACAAAAUUGCAGGAAAAACCUCAUAUACAACAUACUGUGCACAUAAUACUUCUCGUGAACGACUUCUUAUUCCUUCAGAUCAAAGCCCCGCCGAACCUAUUCAAGAUUACCAAGAAUCUCGUCGAUCAUCACCUAGUCAGCAUUGGUACUUUCCAAAUCAUUCGAAAAGUACGAAAGAUGAGGCAGGUAGCUCAAAUAAAGAAUUCGCGGGAUAUUACCUCCUCGCAGUAGUUUCAAGGCCCGCUCAGUCGACGGAAAGAUCAGCAACAGAGAAAAGAGACUCGCCAAACAUUGCGUCCAAUCUUUCGCCUUCUACGAACAGUAAUGUAAAUGAUAUUUUCAGAGAGACUUUUGAUUCAACAACGAUAGAUACACAUGGUGAGCGACCGAGGUCAUAUGGUAUUGGAGGAGCGGGAAAUAUCCGCAAACCAUCAGAGGUGAUCUAUACUCCACGCGAGAGACGUAGACCAAGUAUCUUCAGUAGUCUCUCGGUUUCUUCAUCCACUUCUUCUGUUACGAAGAGAGGAGGCUUCCUGUCAUGGAUUGGAAUUGGAAGCGGCCAACUGGGCAAAUGUGAUGGAAGCUGGGUAUGGAAUAUGGAAUUGGAGAUGACCACUGAAAAGAAGAAGAUGAUACCAUGA